UUAAGACCAUAAACGUUUCAAUCGCAAGACUUUCAACCAUGAAUGAUAGGCUGUAUUUUUUGUUAGCAAUUUCUUUUAAAAUGUGAGUUUAUUAUGACACGUUUCGUUUUGUUUGCGUUUGUUGUAAGAUAUAAUGUAACUUGUGUGCUUUAUCUUCAGAGCUUCAUGCACCAAACCUCUUCGAAUGUUUGGCACGAUAACACAACGAAUUAGCAGGUUGUCAUCAAAUAUUUUGGUAGCGAGCGGAAAUUCUUAGAGCCCCCAGGGCUUUUUGUAUUAAAUUUAUUUUCGAGUUUAGAUUUAGUUUUUUUGAAGCAAUUACUUUUUUUGUCGUUUUCUUAUUAUUUUCUUUGGCAUUUAUUUAUUUUUUAAGUGUACGAAACCUUUUUUUGCACACGUUGUUAUGUUUUUUUUUUCGACAGCAUGUUUUUAUUUUUGAUAGCCUUCUUUCUCAGUCUCUCUUAAUGUGCCAAGACCCGUUCGACUGCUCCGCAAUUCUGGUAAAAAAAUAUGGCGGACGAAAACAACAACUUCCAAGAGGCUUUAACAAGAUGUGCACAAACUUUUUUGAGUAUGGUUGACAAUUUACAGCAACCACCGAAUACUGGCCAAACUACAAGAAACAUAACAUCUAUCGAAACGCUGGUGCAGAGUUUUCGCGAUUAUUUCGUAGUAGAAUGUUAAAUAACCCUUCAGCUUCUUCCACCACCAGGUUUGUGAGCACCACCAACAUCACCACAAUGGCACCAGCAUCGAUGUCAGUCACUGCUUCCACUUCAACUCUUCCCUUCAGCGUUUCACCUGGACUUUCAAUAACUCCAAGACGGUUUAACCAUGUCAGCAACCGCAGGAUAGGUAUACCUGCCAAUAGGUACAACUCACCAAAAACAAGAAAUGGUUUUUUGACAUUUGUUUAUUCGAAUAAAACAGAUGCAAGCACUCCAGACAUAGAAACAAAAGUAAAUCUGUUACUAGCUGGUUUGGGUGAGAAACGAAUAACAUUUCCUUUUACUGAAUCUUCAGGACAAUUUUCUGAAGUAUUGUACCAGAAUUUUGAAAAAAUUAGAAUUGGUGGUGGGUUUGAGUUGCUAAGGAAUGAAAGGAAUUGUAGAGAAUUAAUUUCAAUCCCUGUCCCAGCUGGAGGAUAUAAUGGACAGUUCGUAAAGACAAUUUUUGGUCAAGCAAAAUCUUUUGUGCGACUAAUUCUACAAAAUCUCCUGGAUGAUGAGAAUAGCAGUCUUGUUACAAAUAAUGGAAAUUAAGAAAUUAAUAAAAUGGAUUUGUAUGAGACCUGUUUCAAUUGCUCUGCCAAAGUUUCCAUAGAAGCUAUGAAUCAACAUGCUAAUUUUUGUAAUGGAAGUUGCAGUGGUAUACAAAGAACUAUACCAGAGAUGUUGAUGCAACCGAAAAAAGAACAAAAAGUUGAAGUGAAGAAUCACUUAAUAGAAAUGUUUCCAGAUUACUCUCUCAGUCGAUUAGAGGCUGUAGCUGCAAUGUCUAUUGUUCGGAUGAAACUGUAGAAAUGAUUAUUAAAGGAAAAGAAACCACCCUAAUUGAUAUUAUAUCAAGAUACCAGAAACGUAUCCAAACAGAGGAAAACCAUUAUCUGAAAAUUGAAAGAGGUAAUAUUUACAGUAUAUUUAGUAAUAU